UUCCCGGGCAGUAUAAAGUUUGCUGUCUCCUUUGUUCGCCCUCGUUGCGCAGUAGUGCAGUCAGCUUCCCGGUUGUGGGCUCAGGCGUGCGGCUUUCACUCGUGUUGAGCUGCUGGGAAUUCCUUGCCGGCGAGCUCGAAGGAGCUUACGACCGUCGUCACCCCUGCGAUUCACUGGGGUAAAAAAAAUGGUUGAAGCAGAUCGCCCAGGAAAGCUCUUCAUUGGUGGGCUUAAUACAGAAACAAAUGAGAAAGCCCUUGAAGCAGUAUUUGGCAAAUAUGGACGAAUAGUGGAGGUACUCUUGAUGAAAGACCGUGAAACCAACAAAUCAAGAGGUUUUGCUUUUGUCACCUUUGAAAGCCCAGCAGAUGCUAAGGAUGCUGCCAGAGACAUGAAUGGAAAGUCCUUGGAUGGGAAAGCCAUCAAGGUGGAACAGGCUACCAAGCCAUCAUUUGAAAGUGGUAGGCGUGGACCACCUCCACCUCCACGAAGCAGAGGCCCACCAAGAGGUCUUCGGGGAGGAAGAGGAGGAAGUGGAGGAACUCGAGGACCUCCCUCACGUGGAGGGCACAUGGAUGAUGGUGGCUAUUCCAUGAAUUUUAACAUGAGUUCUUCCAGGGGACCGCUUCCAGUAAAAAGAGGACCACCACCACGAAGUGGGGGUCCUCCUCCUAAAAGAUCAGCCCCUUCAGGACCAGUUCGCAGCAGCAGUGGAAUGGGAGGAAGAGCCCCUGUAUCACGUGGAAGAGACAGUUACGGAGGCCCACCUCGGAGGGAGCCCCUGCCUUCUCGCAGAGAUGUUUAUUUGUCCCCAAGAGAUGAUGGAUACUCUACUAAAGACAGCUAUUCAAGCAGAGAUUACCCGAGUUCUCGUGAUACAAGAGAUUAUGCACCACCACCAAGAGACUAUACCUACCGUGAUUAUGGUCAUUCCAGUUCACGUGAUGACUAUCCAUCAAGAGGCUAUAGUGAUAGAGAUGGAUAUGGUCGUGAUCGGGACUAUUCAGAUCAUCCAAGUGGAGGUUCCUACCGAGAUUCCUAUGAGAGUUAUGGUAACUCACGUAGUGCUCCACCUACACGAGGGCCCCCGCCAUCUUAUGGUGGAAGCAGUCGCUAUGAUGAUUACAGCAGCUCACGUGACGGAUAUGGUGGAAGUCGAGACAGUUACUCAAGCAGCCGAAGUGAUCUCUACUCAAGUGGUCGCGAUCGGGUUGGCAGACAAGAAAGAGGGCUUCCUCCUUCUAUGGAAAGGGGGUACCCUCCUCCACGUGAUUCCUACAGCAGUUCAAGCCGCGGAGCACCAAGAGGUGGUGGCCGUGGAGGAAACCGAUCUGAUAGAGGGGGAGGCAGAAGCAGAUACUAGAAACAAACAAAACUUUGGACCAAAAUCCCUGUUCAAAGAAACAAACAAAGUGGAAACUAUUCUGUCAUAACUACCCAAGGACUACUAAAAGGAAAAAUUGUGUUACUUUUUUUUUUAAGUUUCCUGUUAAGUUCCCCCUCCAUAAUUUUUAUGUUCUUGUGAGGAAAAAAGUAAACCAUGUUUAAUUUUAUUUGAUUUUAUGACAUUGCUUUCAACAAGCAAAUGUUAAAUGUGUAAGACUUGACUUGUUGUAUUAGUGUUGUAAUUUUCCAAGUAAAAGUUUCCCUGAAAGGCCACAACCUAUCUGAUUUUUUUUUUUCCCAGUAAAUGAGGCAAGCAAUUCUAAGACCUUCCACAAACAUCUAGCCACCUAGUUAUCCAUUGAUGUCCAUUGAGAAAUGACUCAUUCUACCCAUACCAACAAGCUAGCUAUUAGAGGGUGGUUGGGGUAUGCUACUCUUAGGAUUUCAGGAUUUCUUCAAACUGAAAUCUCAAAUGUUCUCAGUAUGAAAAACCUGAGAUCAGAUGCCUAUGUAAAGAAAGUGCUAUUCACCCAGUAAACCCAAAGAAAGCAAAUGGAUAAUGCUGGCCAUAUUUUGCCUUUCUGACAUUUCCUUGGGAAUCUGCAAGAACCUCCCCUUUCCCCUCCCCCAAUAAGACCAUUUAAGUGUGUGUUAAACAACUACAGAAUACUAAAUAAAAAGUUUGGCCAAAACCAACCAUGAAGCUGCAAACGAUGCUUGCUCUUACUGUUUCAAAUUUUUGCAACUCUGUAGUGUCUCACUUUUAAAGGAACAGCUUGAUUGCAAAGGAGAAAAUAGAUAAGCAAUGAAGUUAUCUCCAACUUCCUAAAGGCUUAUGACUUCUAAAAAGUGAAUCUAUCAGCAUUCCACAUCAGAUAUAAAGCACCAAAUGCCUGUGAAACAGCAAAGAUGGUUGAGGAUUUAUGGUCAGUAUGGUCAUGGAGUGCUGAUGUAUUCAUAGCAGAUAAAGCUGACAGCAAGAGAAAUCAAAUGCUAAGAGUUGUUGAAGCAGAAGAACGCUGAUUGUCGAUAAGUCACAACAGUCGCAUAAGCAGUGCCCAUCACAUCACAGUUGGUUUGGUGCAGGCAAUAGAUUUUGCCUUCUAGGGUUCUUGUGGAUCUGAAGAAGGCAUCAGUGUUAACACUCUUAACUAGGGCAUGGUAGUUACUUAAAAUAAGUAAUUGGCCAAGUGGAGAAAGGGAAACAGUUAAGGAAAUUGGUAAGUGGAGAGGCAGUCAGGAAGUUCUUGUACUUGAUGUAGAUUUUACAGCUUUGGCUUUCAUUUUCUUAAAGUCAUGGGAGGCAAGUCUGCAAUUUAGAACUUAACACUGAAUAUCAGAAAGCUGAAUUAGAAAAAUGAUAGGCAUAAAGCAAGUGAAACAUUUUUUUGGUGUUAGCUUAUCCAAAAGCAGCAUUUAGUUGUUAAAAACUAACAUUCAGAAAGAUAGAACUGGCAACAGUGCUGAGAUUAUCUCAUGCACACUUGAAACUGGAAACAAUUGAGCUUGGCUUUUUACUGUGUUGUUUCAUAAGCCUACUUUACCCCAGCUCCCAGUCAUGGAAAUAAAUCAUGACACAACUUUGUUAGUUUAUUGCUUUGGAGGUUAUAACCAACGAUAUAAUUACUAAUGUUCUCAUGAGGGAACAAAUUUGAGUUGGUGGGUUAGAGGAGCCAACUCGACUUCUGAAUUGUUUUUGGCAUAGUAGUUACAGCACUACUAUCAGGUUUAGCACUUACAAAAAAUUGUAGAAAAAUAAUUCCAAAACUUUAACCCUCAUCUGACACGCUUUCUAAUCACAGGCCAUGGGGACAUGACUAAAUUUAAAUAGUUGCCCUUACAUAGCUAUCUUAGCUCAAUCCUUCCCUAACCUGAUUACUUAAUACUUUUGAGAGGACUGUUUGGUUCUCAGGAUUUUUAGAUUCAUGAAAAUAGUGUAGAAUAUAGAGAUUAAUUGUAGAUAUCAGUACUAACUUCAUAACUUAAGGAGUAUGUUUAUAAGUGACUAGACAGACACACCUGUUUGACAAAUCAACCCAGCAGGUUUGAUUCUCUCACUGGAAAAAACCUGGUAUUGGUUCUUCUGGUUGUAUACUGUUUGUAAAAAAAAAAAAAAUGGAAUGAUAAAAAUGUUUUCCUUGUUUAACUGGUAGUUGCAAAUAAAUCAUAGGUAUUCAUAGAUCACUUUUUGGAAUGUUUUGUAUUGAAACAAUAAAAUUUUAACCUGCA